GUAACGUCACACUCCCCCGUGCUUUCCAGCUCUCGCGAUACUGGCUGCUACUGAUGGAGGUGUCAGAGUGUCAACAACGAGUAGCAGCAGAGCAGCACCGUCCGGAGCAGCGGAGCAGGGAGGGGGCCGUCCAGAGGCUGUGGAACCGACCGGAACAUUUGUCUGAGAUGGGGGAUGAUCGACCUUUUGUAUGCACUGCCCCUGGAUGUGGGCAGAGAUUCACAAAUGAAGACCAUCUGUCAGUCCACAAGCACAAGCAUGAAAUGACAUUAAAAUUUGGUCCUGCCAGAACAGACUCUGUUAUCAUCGCAGACCAAACACCCACACCCACACGUUUCCUGAAGAACUGUGAGGAGGUUGGGCUAUUCAAUGAGCUAGCCAGCUCCUUUGAACAUGAGUUUACUAAAGCACACGACGACGACCAGAGGACAAAACACGCGGUAAAAGCUCAUUCUGCACCUUUACAAACACCAUCUGAAGUAAAAGAUGAGGAUGAGGGUCCUUUACAAGUGGAUUCUUCCUCUCCAGGAAGUCCAGACUCCUCUUCCAGCAUGUCAGACAACAGCGGAGACUCAAGGGGGAGAGCCAAGGAGAUUAUCACAAAGCCGGUGCAAAGCUCUGCCCCCACUCCAACCAUUGUGCGUCCAGGUUCUCUUCCCCUUCACCUGAGCAAUGACGCACUACACCCAACUCUGCCAUCUCCAACAUCUGUCAUCACGCAAACGCCGCCCUCCAACAGACAGCUCGGCUCCCCAACAAGCGCUUAUCCACUGGUGAGGCUUCCCAACGGGCAGACAGUCCCUCUCCUGCCCAGUCCUGUGCAGAUGACCUCAGUUAUAUCUCUCGCGAGGCCAGUGAACUCAGUGCCUAAUAUCCCUGGGAUCCCAGGACCUCCAGUUGGCGGUGCCAGCAGUGGCUCAUCCUCCCCAUCUGGGUAUAGUCUGCACGCUGAGACCAAGAUGCGGCUGAAGGCAGCUUUAACUCAUCAGGGCCCAGGAGCACAGGAUGGGGCUGGUGGGGGGGCAGGAUCUAACCCUGCUGUCCCCCAGAGACAGGAACAUAGCCAACAACCCACUCAAAACUCUGAUGCACCAUCACCUGCCCAGCCCCAGGUGUCCCCUGCUCAGCCAACAGGAGGCCGGCGGCGGCGAGCUUCAGAGAUGGACCCCGACGAGAGGAGGGAGCGCUUCCUGGAGAGAAACCGGGCGGCCGCCUCCCGCUGCAGGCAAAAACGAAAGAUUUGGGUCAACUCUUUGGAGAAGAAGGCGGACGAUCUCGCCAACAUGAAUGUCUCCCUGGCGAAUGAAGUGGGCCUACUGAGGAACGAGGUGGCACAGCUGAAGCAGCUCCUCCUGGCCCACAAAGACUGCCCGGUCACUGUCAUGCAGAAGAAGGCGGCUUUCUUAGCUGCAGGAGGAGAGGAAACCUCCAGGGAUACUUCCAGUGAACCCAUCGGCUCCCCAGCGGCAGUCAUCCAGCACGGGCCGUCACCGCCCGCCUCGGCCUCCAGCCCGGGGGCCACCAUCAACGGGCUGAGCGUCCGCGCCGCAGAGGCGGUGGCUAUGUCGGUUUUAGCCGGCAUGGGAUCGGGCCAGCCGGGAGGGGUUGUCAUGGCGACGCAGCCACAGUCAGCCCCGAGAUGAUGUGCCGACACAGAUAGCCAGUAUGAACUCGAGUGGCAUUUGGAGGCCGGACUGGGGCAAAGCGCUUGAGAGAAAGAGGGACCUGCCCUCAAACCCCCACCCCAGACUACGAUACUCUCGUCCCCUCACAGCCAAUGAUAAUCACACAGACACGGCACAGUGCCUCCGUCAAACCCUCCAGUCCCAGCAGGCUCCCUGUUCAGAGACGCUUCGUCACUCUCCGUAUGUAAAUAUGAAUAACACGUCGGACACUCACUCUGCAGGGUUUGGGGUCAUUUCGUCAGUCGUGACAGUCGGAAAAUGUUUUUAGAUUGGGAUGAAAAAUUAGUUUUUAAGUCAAAAUCAUCAGUACAUUUUCAUUUCACUUAAAAAUGCAGCUUCAGUCCAACUUGAGUCCCACACGCUGGCUGUGAUGAGGUUGAUUGUUUUCCAGGCUGACUUGUAUUUUUCAUUUGUAUGAAAGAUUUUUAUGCCUGAUUGUGGUCGUCGACAUAAUGUUUGCUUAUGCAGUGAAAGUACGCUGAGAGAUUGGCUGGCUGAUUUCAGUAAAAAAAAGCAGCCUGGAACGUUUUUCUUGCGCUCUUUUUAUGUUUACUUUUCGAACCUGUCCUUUGGUUUUCUGUCUGUUUCCCUUUUGAGUUAAUUCUCCUUAAAUACACAUGACUGUUUAGUCAGCUGAGUGCGUAACAAACCAAAUUAUCGAUGUGUACACAGUUUACCCCGUGAGUGCGUGAGCUGACUUAUUUUACUUUCAGUUUUAACCCAUUUGAGUGGAUGUCAUCACAUUAGUCGUAUAUGUAUCAAACCCUGCUGACUGCAUGGAUUACUCGAGGCUGAAGAAUACCACUGUUUGUUUGUGCUUCAUCAUACUAUCACUGUUUAUUGAUCUGCUUUUCUUCUGUUUUUAAAACAUCAAAUUACUGAUGCAAAAAUGUUCCUUGUUAUGUAAGGAUUCCAUCCUCAGUCCUAAUGUAACACUCUUGAAUGGUUAGCUUUAGAAGGCCUUUAAAUGAUAAUCAAACAUAAUAGAUUUUAAAUCAUUUACCCUGGCAUUUCUGUUGAGGAAAAGAGUAGUGCAAUAUAUUUUUCUAUUGAAUAUCAAUGUUCUUGCAUUUAUUUGUCGUGUGUAGCCCAGCCGCAGAGAGGGGUUUGGUCUAUUUCAGUUGAAAGCUCAAGUUAUGAGGUGACCAGAGAAAAUGUGAAGAUGAGUAUUCGUGAAAGAAUGAGAUCGGUGAUGUGUGCACAUCUGUAGAGAAGGUGCUUUCCAACAUUUGAAAAGCUGUCUUGUAUUAUGAAGUAGACUUUGUGCAAGGUGCUUCUUUUGAAAUUUUAAGUUUUUAAAUGCAAAUUAUUUUAUACCGCAGUGUACUUCCAAGACUAUCAUGGUUUUAUUUCCCCUUGUCACUCUGUGUGUUUUUUUUAAUAACAUUGUUUUGCCAGAUGUUUAUUUUUCUCUGUGGGCAAGUAAGGCUUUUUUUUUUCCAUCAUGUGAUUAGUAUGUCCCUUUUAUUUUGUUAAAGAGCAUACAGUAGAUGUCUUUUAUGUGUUUAACACAGGUUGAACCACAUGGAAAAAAUGUCUGUGAUAUCUGUAUGGAGAGAGUUUGUCAAAUACUCAGGCUUCAAGAUGGGAAAAAAAUACUUGUGUAUAGUCUCAACUAAUGAAUAAGUUGUCUCGGGCAAAUAAUAAAAUAAAUGAAUGAAAAAGAAA